AUGGAUGAAUUCUCUAAAGGAAUGAUGAGUCUACCCCUGCAAGAAAAAAAGGACAAGUUAAAAAAACCUAUCGAAACAAUGAAGCAAAUCCAAUCUAAAAGGGAUAUUCCAAAUAAACAAGACGUGGAAUUAUUUUUCAACCUGCCCAGUGGAGAAACACUCACUUUAGUCGAGAAUGGUGGAAUAGAAGUUGGUCAUUUGAAACUAAAACUCUCAAAAAAAUUAGAAAAACCUUAUGAGCAAAUCCUUUUAAUAUAUAAUGAUGUUGCUAUGCUAGAUCCAUUGUCAAUAAUUGAUGUAAUUAAAGAAAGGGAUUUAGGAAGAGUUGACAUUCACGUACGUUAUUCUGGUUGA